UUUGCAUGGCUUUAGUUGUCAGUUGGCAAAUGUAAGCUACACGUCACGGGGCCGGGCUCUCUCCUCAGGAAAUACCUUUGAACAGAGACUUCAAAACUCCCAAAUGAUGUGAACUGUUCAAUUUUGGGAGCCGGACCGUGCGGCUGGUCUCAUGGCUGCGAGGGGUUAGAGCUAACAUUAUAUUUUAGCAACAACACUUUUCCGACUUCAGCUACAGUGCUAGCUAAGUCUGGAAAUUCUAAUUAUAACAACCAGCGGCGCUUGCCUUUUCAGAAACUGUUUAUAGGGUACAUUCGAAAUCAGAUCUUUUUUUAAAGAAAACUAUAAUUAAGAGAAAGAAUCAGAAUCCCGUUAAGAACCCUUCUAAACGUAACAAAAAUUACCUUGAAAUAUGGAGAAGACUGAAAGCACGUCUAAGAAGAGCUGCUGCGUCUCAUUUGUUGGAUACUUCAAGACGACUGGCUUUCUUAUUUACCUUUGCCAUGGACUGUCAACAUGGGGAGAUAGGAUGUGGCACUUUGCUGUGUCAUUGUUUUUGGUGGAACUUUAUGGCAACAAUCUGCUUCUGACUGCUGUCUAUGGACUGGUUGUGGCAGGAUCUGUAUUAUUGCUGGGAGCCAUCAUUGGUGACUGGGUGGACAGAACUCCCAGGCUUAAAGUUGCCCAAACAUCCUUGAUUAUUCAGAAUGUCUCAGUCAUCAUUUGUGGUGUCAUCCUGAUGAUCGUUUUCCUGUUUAAAACUUCUCUUAGCACCAUGUACCAUGGAUGGUUACUUACAUUCUGCUACAUUCUGGUUAUUACCAUUGCCAACAUUGCAAAUCUAGCAAGUACUGCUAUGGGAAUCACAAUUCAGAGAGACUGGGUUGUUGUUGUUGCAGGAGAAGACAGAAGCAGGUUGGCAGAUAUGAAUGCUACAGUGCGCAGAAUUGAUCAGGUUACAAAUAUCUUGGCUCCAAUGGCAGUUGGUCAAAUAGUGACCUUUGGCUCUGAUGUCAUUGGCUGUGGCUUUAUCUCUGUUUGGAACCUCUGCUCAAUGUGUCUUGAGUAUUAUCUGUUAUGGAAAAUUUACCAAAGAACACCUGCACUGGCCAUCAAAGCAGGACGGAAGGUGGAUGAACAGGAAAUGAAACCAUUGAACAAACAAAAAGAUAUUGAAUAUGGCCAAACAAACACAGAUGGGAAAUCAGAAUCAGCCUGCCCAGCUGAAGGUGUUCAACUGAUGAAAGUGAAGACAAUAGAACAAGAAGAAGAGCGUCAUUGUAGUGAUAAAGUUUUUGGACCUUUCCUCACAUUAAGGGAUGGGUGGGUAGCCUAUUACAACCAAAAUGUUUUCUGGGCUGGCAUGGGCCUUGCGUUCCUUUAUAUGACAGUGCUUGGUUUUGACUGCAUCACAACUGGAUAUGCCUACACACAAGGUUUGAGUGGAUCUUUUCUUAGUCUGCUGAUGGGAACUUCAGCUAUUGCUGGAAUUCUGGGAACCAUAGCGUUUACAUGGAUUCGCCGAAAAUGUGGCCUGAUCCGUACAGGCUUCAUCUCUGGUGUGGCUCAAUUUUCAUGCCUGAUUUUGUGUAUAGUUUCUGUCUUCGUGCCUGGGAGCCCUUUAGAUUUAUCUGUGUCACCUUUUGAAGGCUUUGCCAGCAGAUAUAUGGCCAUGAACACCUUGAUGGAACCUGUUAUGACAACUGCAGAACCUCCGCCAGUCACUACAGUCGGCUUUACCAACACAACAACUGAAUCCCCAGGCAGUGGCCAAUAUCAACCAGAAUCUUACAUCUCAGUGGGUUUGCUGUUUGCUGGCAUCAUUGCUGCAAGAGUUGGGCUUUGGUCCUUUGAUUUAACAGUUACACAGUUAAUUCAAGAAAAUGUGGAUGAAUCGGAACGGGGUAUCAUAAAUGGCGUACAGGAUUCCAUGAAUUAUCUUCUAGACCUAGUCCAUUUUAUUAUGGUAAUAUUAGCUCCAAAUCCAGAAGCAUUUGGCAUCCUUGUGAUCAUUUCAACUUCUUUUGUUGCUAUGGGGCAUUUGAUGUAUUUCAGAUUUGCUUACAAAUCAUUAGGAAGACAGCUGUUUGCAUGCAUUCCCAAAGAGCGGACAAUUCAGACCAACAAUCCCAAAGUAACAGACUGCGUGGCAGUUAGCACCUGAGUCAUAAUUAAAAAGAUAAUACCUCAUUGACUAAUACUUUUUAACCAUUAGGCUUAUAUGUUAAAGGUAUCUACUUUUCAAAUAGUUUAGAUAUCCCAAGUAAUAAUAGAGUACAGAGUCCUACAAAAGCCAUGUUUUCGUUACUUUCUGUAUGCUCUUUCUGAUAUAUACUAUAUUAAGCAAUAGUUUGCAAGUACAGCUGAAUUAGAUAUGUCCUAUGGUAGGAGCUAUACUGUUCGGAAGUUCAUUUGCAGUUUCAGUAGUGAACAGUUGAAUACAACAUCAUUCUACUGCAGUAAAUGUGCAUGUUAUUAUCUACUGCUUUGGUCAGGGACAAGUAUGAAGUUUGAAGAUACAUGCUGCAUGAUUUGUAUUUAGAUGAACAACUCUAAAAUAUGUUAAAUGCAGUGUGGUUCAGGUUAACCUUUUAAUGUGGGGUCAUGAUAAAUAUUCUAAUAAUGGAGAUAUGAUUAUAAUAUUUAUAUGAAUAUUUGAAUUUCACCUUCUUCAUUCUAAUAUCAUUGAAAUAGAAUUUGCCAAAGUGCAAUAAUACUUCCAAAAUAAUUUGCAGUAUAUUAUUUGAGAAUGAAAAAUCAUUUAAUAUUAAAUAAAUAUUCCCAGUGAAACUGCAUCUUGAUAAUUAAAACAGAUAAGAUCCUGAAACAUGAGAGUCAUUGUUGAGAGUUUUCAUGGUGUGGAAAUGUGGAUAUUAGCAAAGUUAAGUUUGAAAACUCCAAGCUGACAAACGUGUUUAAUAGCAAUUUGUAACAUUGCUCUUUUUCUUGUUAAUAUAAUGACAGGAUAAGUCGAUCCCCAUACCUUCAGACUUUAGACUUCUUUAUGACAUAUUGCUCUAUUCAAAUUAAAAUCCAUUUGGAAGCAUUGAGUUAGUGAUCUUACCUACUGGAAUAUGUGAGCUGGUGUUGGGUGGGGUGGGAGGGGAUGUAGAGGGAAGAGCAAGAAUUGCAGUGGUUGCAACUUGUAUUGAUAUUGCAACUAUAUUCAAAAGGAUUUCCUCUGACAUUGCUUCAAGUGAAACUUUAAAUACAUCAAAUGUCACCAAGCAUAACAAUCAGAGUAAUCCCUUUCCCUAAUUCUAUAUGGGAAGUGGGGGUCUGCUCUUUAGUAUGUUAUCUAAUACAAUUAAUCUAAUACAAUUUUAAGAUCUCUAUGCUUAGAGGAAUUAAAUAAGACACCGUACAUUUUUCAUUGCUAUGAUAUUCCAUGUUUGAAAGUGGACAUGAUACAGUCUGUGCAGGUGAAUUGUUUGUUAGAUGCAGCUGCUGAACCUGUGUUACAGGGAAACCAACUGAAAAUCUGUUACUUAUAGUUCCAACUGCUGUGAUUUUAUGAAUAAUUUUGAAAAAUCAACCAAAGGCUAGCUAUAUAUUUGAACUUAAAUUUCUAAAAUUCAUAAUGUUUUUUACAAGUAUAAAUUCACAACAAUCUUUUACAGUCAAUAUUUAUAACAGAGCUUGAAAUUAAAUUUCUGGAUUCCUGGGAGAGAUGUAUUAAACAAUAUUUUGAAAUGUAUUAAUAAUUUUACUAUUCACUUGGAUGAAUAAUGAAAUCUCCUGAAAAUCAUACAUGUACUAAACAUUCCAAAGCUACAGUUUCUGAAAUUGAAAGCACUGCUAAAUAAAAUGUUGUUAAAAUAA